AGGAAUAAAGGGGUGGAGAGGGAGAGAAUUAAUAGGGGAGGUGAAUAAAGGAGAGGGAGUUAAUGGGGAGGGGAGAAUAAAGGAGUAUAAGGAAGGGGGAGGUAGGGCAACUAUGGGCGGCCUGGGUAGCCGGUUGUCGAUGGGCCGAGCUGCCACCAAUGACUGCGAGUGCCAGCGGAGGAAGCGUACACGGCCCGACUGCGACUGUUGGGAGAACGAAGCCGAAGAAACGAGUGCCCCGCGCAGAAAGAAGCUGAAAAGCACUUCCAAGUAUAUUUAUCAGACUCUUUUCCUCGCUGGAGAAAACAGUGAUAUCACCAUCUGUGCCCUGGGACAAGAAUGGCAUCUACAUAAGAUAUAUCUCUGUCAGUCUGGUUACUUUUCAAGUAUGUUCAGCGGAUCAUGGAAGGAAUCAAAUAUGAACUAUAUAGAACUUGAGAUCCCAGAUCAGAACAUCGACUCCGAAGCACUACAAGUGACAUUUGGCUCAUUGUACAGAGACGAUGUGUUAAUCCAACCCAGUCGAGUGGUAACAAUUCUGGCAGCAGCCUGUAUGCUACAGCUGGACAGUUUGAUUCAACAGUGUGGUGAAACUAUGAAGGAAACAAUCAGUUCCAAAACUGUUUGUGGCUUCUAUGCAGCAGCUGAGACUUAUGGCUUGGACUCAGUAAUGCAGAAGUGUCUUGAGUGGCUUUUGAACAAUCUCAUGACUCACCAAAGUGUUGAACUCCUGCGAGAACUGAGCAUAGAUCUGAUGGGGAAGCUGGUGAGCUCUCCAGACCUGUUUGUAAUGCAGGUGGAGAUGGAUGUGUAUACUGCACUAAAGAAGUGGAUGUUCCUGCAGCUAGUGCCCUCCUGGAAUGGAUCCCUGAAACAGUUAUUAACUGAUGCAGAUGCCUGGUUUUCAAAGCACAGAGAAGAAAACUGCAGUUACAACAGCUUCCUGGACACAGAACAAGGACAAAAGUUUGCAAAAGUGUUUUCUCACAUCCGGCUGCAAUACAUCAUCAACGACCUGACAUCUGCUAAAAUUAUUGAGCGGGACAUGAUUAUCUCUUCAGACUGGCUUGCCGCCGUAUACAAGCAGCAGUGGUUUGCUAUGCUGAGGACUGAGCAAGACAAUGACCUUGGGCCAAAGGAAAUAAACAAGGAAAUGUUUGAAAUGCACAGCAUGCGAUGUGGAAGAAAACUGGCCAAAGAUGGUGAUUUACAGAUUGGCAGGAAUGAUAUUGUGGCCAUCACUGAGACGUGGCUGAAGGAUGCAUGUCUCUGGGAGCUGAACGUCCAAGGAUACACGGUGUAUCAGAAGGAUAGGAAGUACUGCUGGCGGUGGACUGGUUUCAGCUUUGGGUUUGACCUGCUAGUUACAUAUACAAAUCGGUUUAUCAUAUUCAAGAGGAACACCCUGAGCCAGUCCUGCAGUGGCGCUGUGAGCCUGCUGCCUCGCAGAAACAUAGCCUACAGAUUAAGACUGGCGUCAUUUGACAGCAAUGGGAAAGUGAUCUGUAGUCGAUCAGCAGGUUACCAGAUUCUGUCACUGGAGAAAGACCAGGAACAGAUUGUGUUGAAUCUGGACAGCAGACUUCUGAUGUUCCCGCUCUACAUUUGCUGCAAUUUCCUUUAUACGUCACCAGAGACAAAACCUGAGAUUGACGAUCAGCCACCAAACAGUGAGAGCUGAAAAUGAGAUGGCACUGAUGUCUCUGCCCAAGAGAUAAAUCACAUUUCUCCAGGAGUAGUUCUUGGUCAUUUUAACCAUUUCUGGGGACAAAAUGUGUACCUGUUCAUUGCAUCAGUCUGGGGUACUACACGUAAAGGAAUAAAAAGAAACUAAAACUUCACAAGUACAAAUGGAAAGAAACUGCUGCAUCUACCUUCCUCGCUGUGCAUUUUGUUUCAGAGAAACAGCUGUGUUCUGGAAUUGAAAGCUCGAAAUGUUCAGUUAAGAAUGUUUUAGAUGGGAUAAACAUGCUCCAAACCGAAUUGUUCUUGCUUCCCUGAUUGCAGGCUGCUGUGUACUGUACGACUGAUUUUGAAGAGUACUCAAGCAAGUAGCCAGGUCUGUAUGAGCAGUUGCUAUCCAAAGCGACAAAAAACCUCGAACAGUAAUGCAGACUUACCUUCUCCCUUUUCCCAGGAUAUACCUGUACAUUCGAUGUUCAUUCAGUCAAUGCUGCUGUUAUGGAGCAUGGAAGUGGGUUCUUCAGCCUAACAUCCAUGCUGACCAAGGUACCUACCUGAGUUAGUUCCAUUUGCCUGUAUUUGGCCCGUAUCCAUUUAACGUUUUCUCUUCUUGUACCUGUCCAAAUGUAAUUGUACAUCCCUCUGCCAUGUCUUCUUCCACCAUAUUUUGUGUGAAAAAGUUGCCUUUCAGAUCCUCUUUAAUAUUGUCCCCUCUCACCUUAAUUAUUUACCCUCUAGUUUUAGACUCCUCUAUCCUGGGAAGAAGAGUUUGGCCAUCCACUUUAUCUAUGCCCAAAGUUUAGAAGUAUCUUCUGUAAGUUUUAGUUAAUGAGUCAAAUUAGAGCAGAGGCUCCAGACUCAGAUAUGGGGCUGACUGAUCACUCCUCAUCCCGUCCUGGAGACAGGGAUCUUUCUGUGAUAUCUGCGUACUUAACCAUGUCUGGCACAAGACUGUUAAUGAUGUUACAGAGGAGACCAGAACAGUUUGCAUGUGAAACUUUAAAGCAGAAACAGAACAGCAAGAACAAACAAUUGGAUAGCUCUACUUUGUCCCAACCUGAAGAAUCAACAACCAAACUGCUUUCCUUCCUCCCUAUCCCAAAGGACAAACAAUCAAACACCUCUCGUUCCUCCCCAUCGCAAAGAAAAUUGGUCAGCAAAAAUAACAGCCAAACAGCCCUCAUUCCUCCCCAUUCCAAAGAACCAGCAACCGAACAUCUCUCCUCCCUCCCCAUUCCAAAGAGCAAGCAACCAAGUAGCUCUCCUUCCUCCCAUCCCAAACAAAACGGAUCAGGAAGAAGAAACAUUCAGCUUGUGCCUUUUCAAAUUGGACUUUUUAGCUGCUAGAACAAUGGUACCCUCAACAGGCAGGAAACUGUAAUUACGACUGUGUAUUCUACAAAAAACUGUCUGUCACAAUACAGCAGUUUUACCUAUUAGCAAAUCUAAAGGUAGUCUAGUUAACCUUGCUUCACUUAAAACUGAAUCACUGCUUGUCCUAUUUGGAGUCUGAAUUCCUGUUUGAAUGAGAAAUGGAGGAGCAGAAAGAGAAUGAGCCAGGUGUUUCAUUCUUUGAUGGUGUAUUGUAUUUUGCAGUGUUAAACACUGCAUUUGGCAAUCAUUAAACAUGUCAACCAAACAAAAAAAAUUGCAGAUGCUGGAAAUUUGAAAUAAAACCUGAAAAUGCUUUUCACCACAGAUGCAUAGCGGUUAGCUUGAGAUGUUCCAGAGAUCAGAGUUCAAUUCUGGCACCUUACUGUAAGGAGUCUGUAUGUCCUACCCAAGGGAUGUGUGGUUUUAUCCAGGUGCUCCGGUUUCCUCCCACAGUCCAAAGGUGUACUGCAUAGGUUAAUUGGUUAUUGUAGAUUGUCCCAUGAUUCGAUUGGGAGUAAUUGGAUUUGUCAGUGUUGCUGGGCUGGCGUGGCUCGUGGCUCGUAGGGCCAGAAGAGCCUACUCUGUGCUGUAUUGCUAAAUAAAUAAAUACUCAGCAAAUUAGGCAGCAUCUAUGGAGGAAUUUCAGAAAGAUUCACUUCCUUCUUUAACAGCUGCUAUCUGCUGAUUAUUUUCAGCUUACUGUUUUUUACACCAAUAUUUGUUAUUUUCCUAAUGAAAGGAUUUAAAUCAGUCACCCAUCUUGAGAAGUAGAUAUGCAAGUUCAUCUUUCGGUACCCACUGUCAUGGCUGCAAUGCCGUAAUCCCACUUUAUAAUCACAAGAGCCCCAGCACUUGAAUGAGUUAAACCUCUGCAGUGUGGAACAACACUGCCAAUCUAAGACAGCCUCCAACUGCAAGCUGGAACGUCGAGCUACACACACAAAAUUCUGGAAGAACUCAGAAGGCCAGGCAGCAUUUAUGGAAAAGAGUAUAGUCAAUGUUUUGGGCUGAGGCCCUUUAUCAACUGGUGCUGUCUGUCCUGCUGAGUUCCUCCAGCAUUUUGUGUGUGUUGCUUGGAUUUCCAGCAUCCACAGAUUUUCUCUUGUUUGUGAUUGGAACAUGGGUCUCCUCACUUCUUAGUACUCUGUAGCCUCAGUAUGUUUAAUUUAGUAACAUGGGUUGUAGGUGUUCACCCUUCUGAGGAAUGGCCCUGAUUUUACUACAGCUUGUACUUAUAUUGCACCUUGAAGUGAGGAAAACAUCAGAAAUUCUUUCAGGGCAAGAUCAUUAAAUAAAACUUUGCGCCAAGCCACAUAAGGAAUUAUUAAGACCCAUUUGUGCACUUCAGCCCUAAUCACUGGAUGUUGUAAUAAAGUUUUUCCUCAUGUAAUUUUUGGUUCUUCAGCCCAUUACUUUAAUUUUAUUUUAAUCUUUCUGUUAAUGAGGCCAGUUUCUCUUUCACUGUACUGUUUCAAUAGCUUUUAUGAUCUUAAACACUUUGAUCAGAACUUCAUGUGACUUUCUCCAGAGCCCUUAUCACCUGCUAAUAGUGAAGGUGAGUCUGUGAUGACUGCGGAGUUGGUGUAAGGUGCGGUCUGGAAGAGGUGAAAAUUGGGACGAUAGGAGAUGGUAUGUGGAGGUGUGGACGAUAGGUGCAGGGCAAGGAGUGAACGUAGACAGUGGUAGCCGGUGUUGUUCGUGCACAUGUUGAACUGGAGGAGGGAGGAGGGGAGGCAUUGAUGCUGAGGGAGCGUUGGGUGCCUCGAAACCUGGUGUGCUGAGGGGAGUAUGAACAGGAGAGCAAUUGUCAAACCUAUUGAAGAAUUGGUUUAACUCAUUAGCCCAUGCAUAGCUGCAUUCCGAGGCUCUAUAGCUAGGCUGAUUGAAGCCAGUGAUGUUCUUAAUACUCUGGCCAAGCUUGUUUCCCAGCUCUUUCCUGUAUUCCUCUUUAGCCACCUUGAUCUUCUCCUUUAGCUCCUUUAAUGUGUAAGGAUGUGUAUUUUCAUGUAAGAAGUUUAUGUGCCCUUGUGCUUGACAUCCAGUAAGUCAGAAACUUGAUCUAAAUUAUCACAGGUAAUAUGUCUGAUAUGUCACAGAAAGCAAGCAACUUUUAGUAACAUCAACAGUAGAAUUUGAAUGUUAUUUGGGUGGUGAGGAAAAUCCUUCCUGCAAUUUGGAAAAGGAAAUCUCUGAUAAUCUGACCCAAACUGGAAUCCUAUUACCACUGCUACAAAUGUUGUCAGCAGGUCCCCACAAAAUUAGGUGAUCAGAAAUGCCAAUUGUUUUUUUUCACAAAUAUUUGAGACAUGAAAAGAGAGAGAAUCUGGAAAAAGAUACUGAUAAAGAGACGGCAUCCAUAAAAAAAUAUUCACAGGGUGUGUUUAAGAGGGCAUCACCCUCUGUAAGUGCCACUACUGUAGCCAUGUGCCCCUCCAGGAGAGAAUACAAAAGCCACGCAUCUACUCACUUAGUUGGCAGAGCUGCCUCUGACAUCUGCAAUGCAGCAAUGUCAUAUGGGAUAUACCAGUGGAAGCUGCUUGCUUGAUUUUGAGGCAAGGCUGACAAGAAUGCGAUGGCCCUGACUUCCGGCGUGAGAGCAUUACAGUCACUUGUAUUCAGUUGAGUACACUACAGUAGCAAACAGGCACUAAUGUCUGCAGUGUUCUCACAGUACUUGUGAACUUGACUGUGUUAAUUCAAGAAAUGUGGCACUCCCUCGGUAUUAGAGUAUUAGCCAGGAUUUUUAUGCCCAUGUCUCAAAUGAUGUAAAUCAUUGACCAAACUUUUCUCUUACUUCUCAUUAUGUGGUGCAUGUUACAAAGAACUGCAAGAUCUCGGUGCCCCUGCAGAUGACAGUAUUGAGCAAUAUGUCCUCACUGAAACAUCAGAGAGCAACAAAAUGCAAGUUUGCUUUCAGACAAAGAUAAUGAAUAUUUUGGUCUUCAUGUGCAAGUAGACAUACUGCAAUGUCAUGUAUAAAGAAAUAUCUCUUUCCAUACAUCUUUCAAAGUCAGGCUUCAAUGGAUUCAAAGUUCAUGGAGAUGUAUGAAGUAAAUUAAUGAUAAAAAUACAUACAGUAUAUGUCAGCAUAUACAACCCUGAGAUUCAUUUUCUUGUGAGAAUUCACAGUAAAUAUGAAGAGACAUAAUAGAAAAACUGCACACAACAAAGGCGGACAAACAGCCAAUGUGUAAAAGGAGACAAACUACGCAAAUACAAAAUAGAAAGAACACAAAAUAAUAAUAAACAGCACUGCAACAUGCCUUUUGACUAUUGAACAUUCCUCUCCAACGAUCCCAUUUUCCUGUAGGCCUGAUGUCUUGUGUCUUAUCAAUUAGGUGGUGUAAGAGUCUCCGUCUUCAUAGCUCCAUCAAACAUUGACCUGAGCGUAAAGUCCAGGCCAACAUUCCUGGUGCAAUAGGUACACUGCUGGAACUGCCAGUAGAGGUUUCAUAAAACUGUAAUGAACAAGAUGGCUUGCUAACUUGUGUCCCAGACAGAGAGAGUGUUAGAGUGUCUGUGUGUGUCUCUCUUUCUCAGCCCUCUCUCUCUCUCACCCUCUCUCCUUUCUUUCUCUCUCUCUCCUCUCUCACACUCUCUCCCUCCCUCCCUCUCCCUCUUCCUCUCUCUCUCUCUCUCUCUCUCUCUCUCUCACUCAAUGCUGCCAGAGUCUUGGAAUUUGGGCUGGGUUUAAUGGGCACAGUUUGUCAGUUGGACUCUACAGUUCAUGUUAUAUGUGUUUUUGCAUGUUGGGUGUUUGUUUAUUUUUGUGCUCGUCUGUGGGAAGAUGAAUCUCAGGGUGGAAUACUGCAUACAUACUUUGUUAAUAAAUGUACUUUGAAUCUUUGAAUAUAGAUAACCAGGUUGAAAAUUAUCUGGUUGCUUAAUAUAGUUAAGGAAGUUUGCAGUGUAGAAAUUGUUCCAUUCCCUUUUUUACAACAGUGAUGAUACUUCAAGAUGCAUUUUGAAGGUUGUAAGGAAAGUCAGGACAUCCUGAGGUAGCAAAGGGCAUUACAGAAAUGCAGAGGUUAUCCUUAUUUACUUAGUAGCAGAACUUAACUUCCUGAUCUCAAAUGUAACCUGAGACAUCAGAGCUUAAAAGAAUAUCUUUUCAAACUGGCAGUGCAACAAAAUUCAAAUUGACCAACAAUCCAGAAUUGUUUAGAAAUUGGAGAAUACAGUGGUUACUGGUUUUUCGCCUUUUCCUUCCCACCCUCCCCCCACCUUCUUUAUAGGGCCUCUGCCCCUUCCCUCUUCAGUCCUGAUGAGGGGUUCUGGCCCGAAACAUUGACUGAUCGUUUCCGCGGAUGCUGCCCGACCUGCUGAGUUCCUCCAGCAUGUUGUAAGUGUUGCUUUGACCCCAGCAUCUGCAGAGUAUUUUGUGCUCCCUGUCUACCUGAGCAGGUUACCACAAUAAUUUGUUUUAACCACCAUGUUAAGAUGAAGUCCCCAAGUUUCCUUAGCACGUUAGAAACAUAAUUCAAGAUUUCAUAGUUUGAUCUUACCAAUCAGAAAGUUUCUGAAAGUGUUUGGCAAGGUAAACGUUACUCGACAUUGACAAUGGCAGAUCAUGCCUUACAAACCUACUUUGUAAUUGAAUUCUCAGUGGGUGAGCAUCUGGGGGACAGUGACCACCGCUCCCAUGGAAAAGGAUAGAAUCAGGGAGGACAGGAAAAUUUUUAAUUGGGGAAGGGCAAAUUAUGAGGCUAUAAGGCUAGAACUUGCAGGUGUGAAUUGGAAUGAUGUUUUUGCAGGGAAAUGUACUAUGGACAUGUGGUUGAUGUUUAGAGUUCUGCAGGAUGUUAGGGAUAAAUUUGUCCCGGUGAGGAAGAUAAAGAAUGGUAGGGUGAAGGAACCAUUGGUGACAAGUGAGGUGGAAAAUCUAGUCAGGUGGAAGAAGGCAGCAUACAUGAGGUUUAGGAAGCAAGGAUCAGAUGGGUCAAUUGAAGAAUAUAGGGAAGCAAGAAAGGAGCUUAAGAAGGGACUGAGAAGAGCAAGAAGGGGGCAAGAGAAGGCCUUGGCGAGUAGGGUAAAGGAAAACCCCAAGGCAUUCUUCAAUUUUGUGAAGAACAAAAGGAUGGCAGGAGUGAAGGUAGGACCGAUUAGAGAUAAAGGUGGGAAGAUAUGCCUGGAGGCUGUGGAAGUGAGCGAGGUCCUCAAUGAAUACUUCUCUUCGGUAUUCACCAAUGAGAGGGAACUUGACGAUGGUGAGGACAAUAUGAGUGAGGUUGAUGUUCUGGAGCAUGUUGAUAUUAAGGGAAAGGGGGUGUUGGAGUUAUUAAAAUACAUUAGGACGGAUAAGUCCCCGGGGCCUUGUCAGUGUUAGUCUUUGGUUUGUCCUGUUUUUUUUGUGAUAUCACUCUGGAGGAACAUUGUAUCAUUUCUUAAUGCAUGCAUGCAAUUCUAAAUGACAAUAAACGAGGACUGAGUGUCCUCAUAAUCUAAAAAAAUGUGGGUAAGCUAGCCAAUAAUAUAAGAGUAUACUAAACAUUUUUUUCAGCUAUAUAAAGAGUAAAAGAGCCAUGAGUAGAUAUCGGACCACUGGAAAAUUACACUGUAGAGGUAGUAAUGUGGGACAAAGAAAUGGCAGAUGAACUUAAGUAUUUCGUGUCAAUCUUCACUAUGGAAGACACAAGCAGUAUGCUAGAAAUGUAAGAGUGUCAGGGGGCAGAAGAGAGUGUAGUUGCUAUUACUAAGGAGAAAGUGCUUGAGGACCAGUUCACAAGGUACAGGAUAGAUAUGUCCCAUUUAAUUGGAGUAAGGGGAAUUAUGUGGCUAUCAGGCAGGAACUUGGAAACUUAAAUUUGGAACAGAUAUUCUCAGGGAAAGGUACAGAAGAAAUGUGGCAAAUAUUCAGGGGAUAUUUGUGUGGAGUUCUGCAUAGGUACGUUCCAAUGAGACAGGGAAGUUAUGGUAGGGUACAGGAACUGUGUACAAAGGCUGUAGUAAAUAUAGUCAAGAAGAAAAGAAAAGCUUACGAAAGGUUCAGAGAGCUAGGUAAUGUUAGACAUCAGAAGAUUAUAAAGCUAACAGGAAGGAGCUUAAGCAGGAAAUUAAGAGAGCCAGAAGAGCCCAUGAGAAGGCCUUGGCAGGCAGGAUUAAGGAAAACCCCAAGGCAUUCUACAGGAAUAUGAAGAGCAAGAGGAUAAGACAUGAAAGAAUAGGACCUAUCAAGUGUGACAGUGGGAAAGUGUGUUUGGGACCGGAAGAAAUAGCAGAGGUACUUAAUGAAUACUUAACUUCAGUAUUCACUAUGGAAGUGGAUCUUGGUGAUUGUAGUGAUGACUUGCUGCGGACUGAAAAGCUUGAGAGUGUAGCUAUUAAGAAAGAGGAUGUGCUGGAGCUUUUGGAAAGCAUCAAGUUGGAUAAGUCGCCGGGACCGGAUGAGAUGUACCCCAGGCUACUGUGGGAAGGGAGGGAGGAGAUUGCUGAGCCUCUGGAGAUGAUCUUUGCAUCAUCAAUGGGGACGGGAGAGUUUCCGGAGGAUUGGAGGGUAGCGGAUGUUGUCCCUUUAUUCAAGAAAGGGAGUAAAGAUAGCCCAGGAAAUUAUAGACUAGUGAGUCUUACUUCAAUGGUUGGUAAGUUGAUGGAGAAGAUCCUAAGAGGCAGGAUUUAUGAAUGUUUGGAGAGGUAUAAUAUGAUUAGGAAUAGUCAGCAUGGCUUGUCAAGAGCAGGUCGUGCUUUACGAGCCUGAUUGAACUUUUUGAGGAUGUGACUAAACACAUUGAUGAAGGAAAAGCAGUAGAUGUAGUGUAUAUGGAUUUCAGCAAGGCAUUUGAUAAGGUACCCCAUGCAAGGCUUAUUGAGAAAGUAAGGAGGCAUGGGAUCCAAGGGGACAUUGCUUUGUGGAUCUAGAGCUGGCUUGCCGACAGAAGGCAAAGAGUGGUUGUUUCAGCAUGGAAACUGCUAUUAGUAUACAAGAUAUUAAGAGGAAUAGCUAGAGUGGAUAGCCAGCGCCUCUUCCCCAGGGCACCACUGCUCAAUACAAGAGGACAUGGCUUUAAGGUAAGGGGUGGGAAGUUCAAGGGGGAUAUUAGAGGAAGGUUUUUUACUCAGAGAGUGGUUUGUGCGUGGAAUACACUGCCUGAGUCAAUGGUGCAGACAGAUACACUAGUGAAGUUUAAGUGACUUCUAGACAGGUAUAUGGAGGAAUUUAAGGUGUGGGAGGCAGGGUUUGAGGGUCGGCACAACAAUGUGGGCCGAAGGGCCUGUACUGUGCUGUACUAUUCUAUGUUCUAUGUUCUAUGGACAAGAUGGGCCAAAGGGCCUAAUUCUGUGCUGUACAUCUGUAGAACUCUAUGACUAUGAAAGGAAAGAGGAAGAUGGCACAGUACGAAGGUGGAUGGAGGGAGGGGAGGACAAGCUAGAAGGUGACAGUUGAAGCUGGGUGGGAGAGGAAGGGGAAUAACGUAAGAAGCUGGGGGGUGAUAAGUGGAAAAGAUAAAGGGCUGGCAAAGAAGGAAUCUGAUUGUAGACAAGAUUGAACCAUGUGAGAAAGGGAAGGAAGAGAGGCACUGGGGGAGGUGGUAGGCAGCUGAAGAGAAGAGGAGAUGUGAGAGUGUAGCCUGAGCGGAGAAUUGAAGAAAAGGGAAGAGGGAUGGAGAAAAUUUACCAGAAGCUAGAAAAAUCGAUGUUCAUGCCAUCAAGAUGGACGCUACCCAGACAGAAUAUGAGGUGUUACUCAUCCAGCCUGUGAGUGGCCUCAUCAUGUGAGUACAGGAGGCCAUGGAGUGACAUGUCAGAAUGGGAAUGGGGACUGGAAUUGGAAUGUUUUGCCACAGGCAAAUCCUGCUUUUUGCAGAUGGAGCGAAGAUGCUCGACAAAGCGGCCCCGCUAUCUAUAUCAGGGCUCAUCAAUGUAGAGGAAGCUGCAUCAAGAGCACUGGAUACAGUAGACAACUUCAACAGAUUCACAGGUGAAGUGUUACUUCACCUGGAAAGAAUGUUUGAGGCCCUGAAUAGAAGUGAGGGAGGAGGUGAAUGGGCGGGUAUAGCAUUUCAUCGGCCUGCAGGGAUAAGUGCCAGGAAAGAGAUUAAUGCAGCAGGUUGGGGGUGGGUGUCCAGGAAAUGGAGAAGAUGCAGGUGAAGAAGCAUAAAUAGUAGAGGAAGAGAAAACCUGUUCUUUGAAGAAGAAAAUGAAAGCCUCAUCCUGGGAACAGAUGCAGUAAAGACAAAGGAACCGAGACAAGGGCAUUCAUAUGGAAGACAGUGUGAGAAAAGAUAUAAUCAAGAUAGCAGUUUGAAUCUCAAAGGAGAGAAAAUCUGCAGAUUCUGGAAAUCCAAGCAACACACACAAAAUGCUGGAAGAGCUCUGCAGGCCAGGCAGCAUCGAUAGAAAAGAGUAAACAGUUGGCAUUUCAGGCCGAGACCCUUCAGUGUAGCAAGGUGAAUUGAUGGGAUUAUAAAAAGAUUUCUGUAGACAGUUUGUCUCCAGUGAGGUUGCAGAGAAGUUGAACAAGUGGAAAGAGGUAUCAAAAAUGGACAAAAUAAAUUUAAGGGCAGGGUGGAAGUUGAAAGCUCAGUAUGGGUGCAUGAAACAGCACCAAUGCAAUUGUCAGUGUAGUGUGGAAAGACUUGGGGACCAUUACAAGGGAGGACUUGGAAAAUGGACUGUUCUACGUAGCCAACAAAAAGGCAGGCAUAGUUCGGGCCAUGCAGGUGUGCAUGGUUACUCCUUGAGUUUAGAGAAAGUGGGAAAAGCCAAAAGAGGUAUUUGUUGAGUGUGAGGACUAGUUCUGCCAGAUGAAGCAGGGUGAUGAUGAAGACGAACUGGGUGGUCUGUUGGCAAGAAGUGAAGAGCAUUAAGUCCUUCUUGAUGGGGAUAGAAGUGUAUAGGGACUGGAUAUCCAUGAUGAAAGUGAAAUGAUCAAGGCUAGGGAAUUGUAUGUUGUUGAGAUCGAGAGCAUGUGAAGUGUCACAGAUGAUGGUGGGAAGGGACUGAAUCGAGGACCCGUUUAUUGUUGUUAGCAUUAAAAUUGGUGAAACAAAACAGCCAACAGAGACAAGGGAAAAAUAGUUAUAUGGAAAAUUCCCAUUGGAAACAAAUAUCUGAGUGCAGCUGAGGGAUUUGGGUUGACAGAUGUGUUGUUCACAAAAAGGAUAAUUGGACAAAGGGGAAACAAAAGAUUUGGGUCUAUUUCCAAGCAGAAGGAACUAAAUAUGAGCAAGGUUAAAUUGUUUAGCACCAGGGUUGGAAUGCACCCAAUCUCCCUUCAUACUAUAAUAAUGAUGAGGAGACCAUCAAGAGGAUGCAACUGGGCUCACUGGGACUAGAACUGUGAGGUUAUACUCAACAGGAAAAGAAACUGGAUGUCAAAGUGGUACAGCUGGUAGCACUUUAGACUCACAAGUCCAAUGGUAUGGAUUCCGUACUGAUCUUCUGCACUCUGUGUGUGGAGUCUGCAAAUUCUCCCUGUGUCCUCUGAGUACUCCAAUUUCCUCCCACCUUCCAAAGAUUUGCAAGUUGGUAGGUUAAUUGGCCUCAGUAAAUGCUCCUAAUGUGUUGGUGUGCGAUAGAUUCUGGGAGGAGUUGCCGGGUGUCCAGGAAGAAUAAAAUUUGCUGUGUGUACGAUUAAUGUAUAUGGAUACUUGAUAUUUGGUGUGAAUGCAAUGGUUUCAAUGGUGGAGGCAGAUACACUAGUGAAAUUUAAGAGACUACUAGAUAGGUAUAUGGAGGAAUUUAAGGUGGGGGUUAUAUAGGAGGCAGGGUUAUAUAGGAGGCAGGGUUUAAGGGUCGGCACAACAUUGUGGGCCGAAGGGCCUGUACUGUGCGGUAAUAUUCUAUGUUCUAUGUUUCUCUGCUUUAUGACUAUCUCUAUAAAUUACUCAGGGAGAACCAACAGGGAGAAUGUGCAAGCAUCACACAAUACAAAGUCAAGAUUUAACUUGUGUUGUUGGAGUGUGAGACAGCAGAACUACCUACUACCUGCUGUGAAUCAAGUACACAGAAAGUCACCAUACACCAGACUUACAGAGGACAAAGUGGAACAGAGUCUUCACACUUAUAGCCCAAUCACAUAACUGAGAAGCAACACACAUCAAAGUUGCUGGUGAACGCAGCAGGCCUAGCAGCAUC